UUUAAAAUAUGUACAAAAUAUUUGUCAAUUAAUUUUAAAACAAAACUAUUUUUUUUUUGAAUUUUUGAAAUUUGAUUUGAAAUUGAUUAAGCUAAUUAAAACAUAAUUAUGCAAAUAAUUAUACAAAUAAUUAAAACUUAGAGAGAAAAUUAUUCAAAAUAUGUACAAAAUCAGUUUAUAAUAUAUAAACAAUAUUUUAUAUAAAGAACAAUUUUUUUAUGAUUUUUUUGAUUGGUUAGAAUAAUUAAAAAGCAAAUAUAUAAAUAUAUACUAAUUAAUUAUGCAAAAUAUUGAAAUUAUGAAGAAAAAUAAAAUAUUUUUAUUUCAGAAAAUAAUAUAUUAUUUUAGAAGUCUAAAAAUAUUUUUUGUAUAUUUUUUGGAUUUUUAAAACUAUUUUUAAUUAAUUUAACAAAGAAAUUAAAAUAAAAAUAGAAAAUAAAAGGAUACUAAUCAGAUGUGGUAUGCAUGUGAGGGAACAUGAUGUAGCUGCAUGAUCUGGCGCGUUGGAUUAGGAGAUGGAUGGAUCAGAUGGUGGAAAGCAUGAGGGACCAUAGCACGUGGAACACCUGCAAAACACUGAAUCCAAGGUCAGUUUAAAAAAUCACGCGCGCGCCUUCCAGCCAAUCAGAGGGCGCCACGCAUCAUCUUCAACCUUCAGACGGGCUUUUACACCGUUCAUUUACAGGUGGUGUAAAAACUCCAAUCUUUUACACCUGGUGAUAAUAGCGAAUGCAAGCAAACAUGAGUAUAAAUUUGGCGCGAUGCCAUGGUUAAGUUCGUAUUGUUCACGCGAGUUUAAUGGUGCUAUUUAGAACUUGCAAUUUUGCAUGAAUCAUAAAACCCUAAAUUUGAAAGUAAGAACCCUAAAAUGGUGGUUCCUCGUAUAGGUGUCCAAACUUCAAUUAAGUUUCCAGAAAAGAUCUACACCUCAAACCAAAUCCAAAUAUAUGUCUACAUCUUGCUAAAUAUGCGUGUGUUAUGAGAUACAAGUUGAUUUUAGUUUGAACAAACCGUGGCUUGUGUAGCUCGAUUUGUGAGGUUUCAGAGCUUGCAAUUGAUUGAGACACGUUCAAUGAUACUUGAGGAUGAUGUUUAAGUGUUUAGUUUGAAUUGAAACAAGCUGGAAAUUAAAAUUCGAAUUUUAAAUUUCCUUGAAAGAAAACAAGUGAUUACAAGUAUGUUACACACUAUGCUUAGGUUCUGAACUUCUGUCCCUUUGAUUGUGAAGUGUUAUAGCCUUUAUAUAGACUAUGUUGUGCUUAGAAUUGAAGCCAAGAAGCAUCUAGUUGCCUUUGUGGAAUUCUUGAUUUUUUUAUAUUAAAAACCUUUGAAUUAUUGACCAAGUCUUCUUCUCUUCAAUGCUCUUGCCUUGCUCUUCAAUUCUCUGCAGAAAAUCAGAGAUUCCUUGGGUGAGUCAUGCUUGGAUUGUAAGCUACUCAUUAUCCAUUCAUUUUCCUUUUAAUUUAAUCUUAAAAUAAGAUAAAAUUAAGCAAAAAAUGGAUAAAAAAAGUGUGGGCCUUGUCUGGGUCGUGGGAGGCCCAUAAUAUUAUGGAAAUGAUGUUUGAACCAUGAAAACUUGGCCCCAUUUGGAAAAAAUACAUUUUUGAGCAAUGUUGAUUUCAUGCAUUUUCCCAAAAUUUAGCCAACUUCAACAAGGUGUAAAUCCCUCAAUUUUUGUCAUAUGAAGGAGAUCUUGCACUUUUUGGAAACCUCAAAGAGUCCUCUAACCAAUUCCUUUGGUCUCAUGUCAAAAUGAUUUUUGAUGCUCCUUGUGUGUCCUUUUGAAAAAAGUGUCUUUUUGUUGAAUUUGAAAAUGACCUGUAAUGUCUUUGGUCAUAUUUUUCAAAUGGUGAAUGCAAUGACCAUGGGAUCAAUUGCAUUUGAAAGAUAAUUGAAUUUCCUUCAAAAUGAGCUUUGGUUUGAAUUUUUUGGAUGAAGGAUGAGAGAGUUAUGAUCAGUCAAAGUUGAGUUGACUUUUCAGGCAAAAACCCUAAUUUUGAAUCUUAGGGUUUUGUUGAUUUUUGAUCUUUCCUUGAUGAAUUAUGAUCAUCCAAUGAUCAAAUGAUGAAUCCUUUGACAAAAUAUGGACUUUGACAAAAAAAUUCAUUUUUGACUGUCUGUUGACUUUUUUGGUCAAACGGGUCGUCUGUUGACUGUUUGAGCUGCUGGCGGUGCGUCUGAGUGAAUUGAAGUUUGAAAAUUUGUAUGAUGGUACUUUGAGAUAUAUGGAUGUGCAUGAAAUCCAUUUGAGGUCUCAAAAGCUUGUUUCUCCUGUAAAAACAAGAAAACCCUAGUCAGGGACUGUUUAUGUAGGAGACAGUUAAGCGUACCUGAUUUUUGUGCAGAGUUGAGUCUCUGCUAAUCGCGUGAUAUUUAGAAGACUUCUAGAACAAAAAUCUUGGAAUUUUGAAUUGUGAAAGAUUGAUUUGAUUGAUGGUACAAAACACUGAGAAUUGUACUGCCAGCAGUUUGGCUGUCAACUGACUGUUCAGGUAUUGACAUAGCAGUUAGAGUGAAAAAUCAACAGUCAAAGUUAAUUUUCUUUUUUUUUUGUUGUUUUUGUUUUUGUUUUAUGUGAAAAAUGAAAGUUUAUUUACAUGACUUAUUAAAAAAACAUAGACAUAAUAAAUAACUUAAUAUUUACUGUAUGCGGGCAAAAUUACCGUUAAUAACCCUGAAAAUCAUUUAAUGCACAGAAAAAUGAAUAUUUGACUGGCAGAAAACACACAAAAUAUUAUCUGAGUAAUUAAGCAAUAUUAUGACAAAUAGUACAACAUUUAAUACUGACAGUACAAAUAUUACAUACUAUAUUGAACAGUACGACGAAUAAACGGUACAUUUAAGAAAUAAGAAAUACGGCAAAUUUUAAGAAUGACGAUUGAUAACCCAUGCUACAAAUAGUAACAUGUAGAUGAUUGGGAGCAUAAGCAUCCCAGGUCCACAGUGUUCCGGGCUAUGUAGACAGAAGAAAGACAUGAUCACCGUAGCAACGGUGAUGACCAUAAGAAAACACGUUUCCCACCGCUUCGCCAUUUUGUCGGGGAAGAAGAAAGGAUGGAUUAUGAAGUAGAAAUUUGAGAGAUGAAUUAGAAUUUGAUGUGAUAUUUUUAUGAGAAAAUGAGAGGUAUUUAUAGAGUGGAAAGAAGGAUAGAGACGUUGGGGAAUGAUGUGAUUCCGUACAAAAAGAAAAAUUUGAGUGGAAGUAAGAUUUGAAAGAAAGUGGAGAUAGUGUUGGGAAAAAGAGAGAUUUGAUUUUUGAAAAAGAGAUUUGAAAAGAUUUUUGAAAAUAAUGGAAUAUAGUACAAAAAUUAGUGGGAAACAAAAGAUAAUAAUAAUCUACUUAUUACCAGUACAGUCUGAGUUUCCUGAUUCUGCGCCUGCAAAAAGAUUUAACUCUGUACCAAUUGUGUCAGUACUAUUUAUCUGUAAAUAAAUAAAUAGCAUGUGUGAAGUAAUAAACAGUAUUUGGCGUUUGCGUAAGAAUAAACUCAACUGCAAGCCAAAUUACUGUAUAAGAAAAAUUCUAAAAACUAAGUAUUUCAUAUGUCAGGAUAUUUGUUGAAAUAAAAAUCCAUGAUUAUAUGAGACUCUUAAUUUUCAGAUUGGAGUUUUCUUGAAAAAAGACGCGGGCAAAUUUUGGGGUAUAACACCUAGCAAAUAAUCCUAAUGGUGCAGGUGAGUUUGAGAUAACCCUCGCAAAUGAUCCUAUUGGUGCAGGUGAGUUUGCGAUAACCCUCGCAAAUGAUCCUAUUGGUGCAGGUGAGCUUGUUAGAAUCAUAACAAGUGAUCCCUCUUACAAGUCCACGCUAUGUAAGACUCAGGCUUUAGCAGGACGGUUCUUUUCUCUCACGCUCGAGCACAAGGUUUUACAAAAGGUUUCCUCAAUUGGGUUUAUCACGUGAGUCCCUCGGCAGUGAUAUUCUCCAAAACGGCAUCAAUAACAAUCAAAGGUUUUAUCUUUCUUUUCAGAUUUACUAACAAACUAACAUAACUAACAAUCAUGCAUCAUUCAACUAACAUGCCUUAUUCAUACAUUAUGCAUAUAUAUACAUGGUUCUCAUUUAUUUUUGAGAAGCUCACUGCAUCAGGCAUCGCAUGCAUCAUAACAUUGCAUAAAAUUCAGGUUGCCUUUUAGGCCGCACUACAAUCAAGGUAAGUGGUUCCUUUCGAAAGCAUCUACUUCACAUCCUGAGAAAUGGUAUUUACCUUGGAUGGCAUCUGUAAGCCCAUCUCCUACGGAAUUUCUUCCCAUACAAAUUUCAGGGCAUUUCAGUGUCCAAUCAUCUUCUACCUUUAGAUUACGAUAGGCAGACGUGCCUAUCUGACUCUUCAGGUUUAAGAAGAUUGAACAGGGGCAGCUGUCAUACCCCAAAAUUUGCCCGAUCAUAUCUACGUCUCUUAAUCCAUCCAGAGUCAAAAUUAAGAGCCAUAGGGUUUGACAUUUCUAUUGUCAAACUCGCUCUCUUAUAAAUCAGGUUGAGUUAAAAUAAGGGCGUAAUUGACAGAUGUUUAGGACUAAACAUUGCGCCCAAUUAUUACAAAGGGUUUUAUCGUUUGUGGGGGUAUUUUGGGGUUUUACGAACAUUUUGAUUAUUAUUUUUUUUUUAACAUGACUAACUAUUAGUAUUUAGCAUUAUUAACUUUUACUAUUAUUAUUAAUUUUUAUUAUUAAUAUUAAUACUAAUAGGAUUAAUUAGGUUUAUCAUUUUAAUUAGGUUUUAGUAAUUAUAUAUAAUAGAAUUAUCAUUGUCAUUAUUCUAUAAUUAUUUGACUUCUUUUUUAAUAAUAUAAAAUGCAAAAAAAAAAAUCAUAAGUUUCCUCUUUAAUCUUGCUAGAAACUAAAAAUACUUUUUUAAGAGAAAAGAAACCGCGGGCAUUGAUUGGGAUUUUGUUUUUGUUUGAUUGAGGACUAAAAAAGGAAAAGUUACAAGAUCUCUCCCAAAUCAUGUUUCAAUCUCUAGAAAUUAGGAGAUGUAUACGAUUUCUUAGACCUAAUUCAGAGGACUAUAAAAGAAAAAAGAAUUGAUCAGACAGGGGAGUUUUCUUGGCCGCAAGAACCUGUGCCGGAGAACAAAAAGAAACGUGGAAAAAGAGUUUGCGGCGAAGAAAUCAUGAACCAAACCCUCUCGAAAUUGAAAAAUCUUCAGGCCAAACCAAGCACCUAAAUCGAUCCUCUGGAGUUUCAUGGAGGUAACCCAAUCGUUCCCAAGCAAUGCAGCAUUCGGAAUCGUAUUCCACGCGCUCCGAUCGGUAUCCUAAUUCGUUUAUGUUCAUACGCUCGUUAUAAAUGAUAUGUGAAUAUAUAUUCUGGAUCGUAACGAUGUUUAGAAACCUUAUGUGCUAUUUAAUUUGUAUUUAGUCGCAGGUUAAAGGUUUUGCCAUGGCAAGGGUUUCUAAGUUUGGAAUUGGGGAUUCUGGUUAUACGGAAAAUUGGCCAAAACCGGUGUUUCUGUUGGAUUCGUAAGAUGAUUUAUAAUUGAACUGGGUUAUUCCCUUCCAUUAUUUGAUGGUAUUUUGCAGGUUGAUGGAUGAGAGACCUAUAGUUACGCAUAGGAACCGUAGCUGAAAGACUAUUUUUCAGAAAAAAAAAAAAGAGAAAAGCAGACGAAGAAGAUGAUCUGUAGAAGCGCGUUUUGUUUUAAAAAAUAAUACUCUGCUUUUUAUACAUAUUACUUUGUUCCAUAAUAUGAUCAAUUAACGAAAAUGGUGCAAAUGGUAAAGGGAGUUUGUUGGUGAGCCGAGUAACCAGGGAUCGAUACCCACAUGCGACUUUCCUUUUUUUAAUAUGAGGCGCUUUCUUACUUGCAGAUCCGGUAUGCGUGUCUAAUAAGGGCUCAUGGUGUUCCUUCAUACCUCAUCCACAUGAUCUCCUGCAACCCAGAUCCAAGAGCUCACCAGCAGGGCCUCAUGGUGUGCCAUCAAGGGAGCGCCACACAGGAUUGUUAUCCAGGUUCCUUUUAAUUCUUUUAUUAGUUUUAUUUCAUAAUUUGUUUUAUUUUCUAUUUUUAUUUAGGAUUGAACUUAGGAGUUUAUUUUUAUAAAUCUAAUUUAGGUUUUAAAUGAUAAAAAAAUUUAGUAUUAGGAUUAUAAUAAUUUUCCGAUUAUUCCGAUAAAUUCGUUUUAAUUAAUUUAACCUUAAUUAUUAAAUCACAAAAAAACCCUAUAAAAAGUUUAUCAAAAUUAAGGGUUUGCCCGAUCCCAUUGCCAUUUGACAAAAAUAUUAAUUCGAUUAAUUCUUACUAAUUCUCUCCUCGACCCGACUAAAGCUAUUAGUCGCAUUAGACGAGAGAUAAAAGAAAAAAACAUAAAAUAUAAAAUACAUUUAAUUUGCUGCCCGCGACGAUCGAAUCUAUCGAUCUGAGUAACCAGCAAUGCCCCAUUAAUCUGUUAGCUAUACUGAUCAAAUCUAUUGAUCAUCGCAUCUAACGGUAAACAUAUCAAACCAGGGUUGUACGCCCAAACAAACAUUCAAAACACACUAAACCACGAUACUACGGAUUUUCAUCCUUUUUCAAUGAGGCAACUCAAAAUGCCUUUCAAAUCAAAUUCAAACUACGACAGGCCAGUCAAAAAGCCUUCAAACAAUCAAUUCAAAUUCAAAGGCGUACAACCCUGUGCCCGAAAUACGUUGACUCUGAUUCUCCCUAAGGAGAUACGUAGGCACUUGGAUAACCAAGGCGAGUCCCCUCCCUCAAAACCUCAAUUCAGUUCAAAUCUCAAUUUUCGCCCUAUUCAUAUUCUCUUAGCUAUUAACCUUAACUUUUAGCCAUAAAAUUUGACCCUUAGAUUCAAAGCCAAUAGGAAAGGGUUGAGGGUGCCUAACACCUUCCCUCGACCUGAUUAUAAUAACUUACCCCGAUCUCUAAACUGCGUAGGGUUUCCUAUUCGCCCUUCAGAAUAGGUGGCGACUCUAAAACAUUUAAUUUUUAGGGCAGGUUGCUACACAAUGGUACGUAUAUAUUUUGUACUUUAACUUGCGCAUUUAUUCUAAAUAUUAUUCACUUUGUUCAAUGUGCAUAUUCUCAGAGUUCGAAGCCUCCGACACCUCCGAAACGGAAAAUUUCCAACACUAGUGCUUGAGAUGAUGAAGACAAAUCCCCUCCUCGUACCAGACAAGCUACGAAGAAAAGAUAAAAGACUACCAUUUCUUUAACAAAAGAAACGGGAUCUGGGACUUCAAAGCUUACUUCAUCGAGUAAUAAGGUAUCUUUUGAUGAAUCACCUUUUAAGAUUGUUGGUAAUAUCCCAGUUGUCGGAAGUCAUAACUCAAGCCCAGAUAAUAUCCCGACAAGGAUGAUGUAGGCACAACUACUUCUGAUCUUAAAACUUCAGAUCUCAACAUUGAUCUUGACAAUCUUCAUGGUAUUCCUCGACGCAAGUCUCCUGUUCUUUCUCCAGUUCUCAAAGACAUUUAACCUAUCGCGACUAUCAUUUCACCUAUACAUGCUGAGGAAAGUCAUUCAGAUGACGCUUCUCCACCUACCCAUCAAGACGAGGACAUGGAGGAAAACCCUCAACAUUCUAAUAGUGGCAAUAUAGUUGAGCAGCCAACUAGGAGUGAAGAUACCAUCUCUGAACAUGAGAAUAUGGAUGAAGCUUCUAGUUUGCCUCCACCAAGCAACAAUGAAACUUCGGCCUUUGGGACCAUAGUUACCCCUGUGGCUACCUCGAAACAGACCCCCAUAGUGCUCACUUCUAUUGAACUGGAGCGACUUAAGAAUAAUGAUCCUGUAAACUUCCUCAAGGCUAUGAUGAAUGCCAAAAAUGUUUCACCUAUCAGGGUUGAGCCUUCUUCGAACAUUUUGGCGGAAAGUGAUAAAGGAAAUGAUAUUUCAAACCUCCUUUGUCAGAUAAAGAAGAAGUUCUUUGAAACCAACCUUAUCGAAGCUCUGAGCAAAGAUUCCACCGGCUGCUUUGGUUUGAAAAAUCUUUUAAAGAAGGUGGAUCUACUCCUGGUUUCAGAGGAAGUCUCACAAGUGAUUGUCUCGCUAAGUUCUCUGGUUGAUCAGCUUCAAGUUGAUACUCUUCGAAAGCGAGAUGUUGACGAACAGCUCAACACAAAAGUAACUUCUCAUAGUUCUUCGUGGAAAGCUGCUGGUGACGCAACUAUUAAAGCUGGUACCCUCGAGCUUGAGAGCGCAAAGCGCCAAAAGGAAUACGAAACUUGUGGAGCGGACAUCAAAUCCUGGGAACAGGAAAUUGAACGUCUUGAAGCGAAGAUUAAAACUGCCAAGUCCCGCCAAGAAGAAAUCAAACAAUCCAAGCAGAACGAGUUGAAUGAAGUGGUGCAAAUAGGGAUUCAACAUCUCGAAAUGGCGCAGAAAUUAGUACUAGAAAUCGAAGAGCUGAAAAAACAACAAGCACUAAUCGAACGCCGUCUGUCACUAUGGGCAUCCCAAUAUUCCAACAUGAAAAAAAAUCUUCCUGAAGACUUCAAUUAAUUGUCAUAACCCUUGUAAUAUCUUUUUGUUUCGCAUUUUGUCCUAAUUUUGUAAUCAGACUAGCUAAGGAAUAUAUGCACGUUUUACCUUUCAGUUAUCCAUAUAUUAUAUUCUGAAAAUGUCACAAAUAACAUUUUAACAAUUCUUAAAUUGUCAAAAUUUAUUUUCCAACUAUCAUAAUGACCUCGAUAGCGUAUCUACGUGACAUGAUUACUCUUCGCAGCCACUUAAGUUUUGAUUUGACGUUUCUACUCCACUAGCCGUAACCACAUUAAAUGAUGACAUCACUUUUUCAAAACGUCUACUUAAGACGUGCGUGUAUCAGUUUCUAAAAUAAUUACGCUUCAACUUCCAAGGAUAGAAGCGGCGGACUCCCUAUCUUCCCUUGGGGAAACCACACGCGGUCCAAUCAGGAUUUAAAGAGUAAUCACUCUUUAAGACCAACGUUCUCUAUAUAAACCUUGGUAUUCUGAUCAUUCAUUCCUCCUCUCUCCAUAUUUUCAUCAAGGUUUUUCCUUUCUUGUAUUCCCUUGCUACAAUGACGCCUGUAACAGCCCGAGCCUUCGACAUUCCCGGCACUGUCAUCUCACGAUCUUCUCUACCCCCCUCACUAGUAGAGUUUUUUCCUUUCGUGGGAAUCGAACCCUGUACCCUGGGGUUCAAGUACAUGUUCAUUCCAUUCCCACUACCAAUUGAGCUAGUAGUCCAAUUGGUAGCAAGAAUUGCUAUGAAUACAUACUUAACCCCUAGGUACGUGGUUCGAUUCCUGCGGGAGGCAAAAACAAUAUUUCCUGGGCAGCCGGUAAGCGGACCUAGGGGGAUUAUUGAUUAAGCUGGUGACAUGCUCGAUUGGCCGACACGGUUGAUGCGUGCAGCGGAUAUCGGGGUGUUACAACGCCUCUAUCCUAUAACACUAUCAAAUAUGCUAUCAAGAAAGAGUUUAAACUUUCUGUGGAAGAGUUCGAUUAGAACAACAUCAAUGUUGAUGCACUGUUUGCCAACCAACACUUACAGGUUUACCAAGGAACCCUGGAAGGGCCUGUUUACCCAAACAUGCUGGUGGAUUUCUAGAUGUUUGCAUCCCUCCGGAUGGAUUCAGAAGGAAGAACCACCAUUGUUUCUCACGUUCGAGGAACCCCCAUUACCAUUUCUCCCUCGUUCAUCUCUGAAGUGCUGAGAUGCGAGAACUCCGGAGAAGUUUUUUCUGACAACUCCUUCACCAUGAGCACCUCUUCUAUUUUGAGGGCCAUCAUGGCUAAUGAUCCUUUCAGCGCCAAAAUUAGCAGGAUUUGGCAUCAACUUCUAGUGGGCGACUUUCGCCCACGAAAUGAGGAUCAGGAAAGCAUCAUGGUGGAGGAUCUGGAUUUCAUGCUCUGUGCCCUCCGGGGAAAGAAAAUCAGCUUUCCAUUGAUGAUUUUCAAACACCCUGCUGAGGCUAUCGCUAUUGCUGCUUCUCGUCAAGGCAUAGCGACAUGUCUUCCCUAUGGAAGGUUGUUAUCCCACAUGUUUAUUAAACAGGGGUUAGUGAAGAGAAUACGCACGGAAGGAUUUCUGGAUCCUUUUGAAGCAGAAAGCUUGCCCCUGUUGCACUUGGAAGGUUUGGAACAAAGGAUCAACUGAAGGAUGCAUUGUUGGAGGCAUUGUUGGAAGCAUUGUGGGCCUGGGUUUUAUCUUUGUUGGAAGCCCAAAGUGCCUGGUCCAAGGUUUUAUGCCAAUUCUUAGGUUUCUUCCCUACAUGUUUCUUUAUCAGACCGAUUAUCAUUUUAUUGGCUGCUUCGACUUGUCUGUUUGCUUGAGCAUAAUAAGGUGUGGAAGUGAACAAUUUGAAUCCCAUCUCUUUUGCGAACUCUUACAUCUUUCGACCAGUAAACAAUGAUCCCUGAUCUGUGGUUAUACUUUAUGGGAUUCCAAAUCUAUACAAAAUGUGUCUUUGAAUAAACUCAAUCACAGCUUCCUGAUCCACAUUGGCCAGUGGUAUCGCUUCGACCCAUUUUGUGAAAUAGUCUAUUCCUACUAAAAUAUAUCUUUGACCUUUAGAAGAUGUAGGACGGAUUUCUCCAAUUAAGUCUAAUGCCCAACCUCUGAAAGGCCAUGGUUUUAUUAUUGAACUUAAUUCAUUUACAGGCGCAUGUUGAAUACUUGCGUGUUCUUGACAUUCCUAACAACCUUUGGCGAACUCUAUGCAAUCUUUUAACAUAGUGGGCCAAUACAUUCCAUAACGGAACAAGAGCCAUUUCAUUUUGUGCCCCUCUUGGUGAGCACCACAUGCCCCACUGUGCACAUUCGAGAGUGCCAAGUAUGCUUCAGCUUCGCCCCCGAAAUCUUUUCAAAGAAAGAUGACUCAGGCAUAACUACCAUCUUCGUCCCAGCCAGUUGGCCGUAUUGCUGGUAAUCCUUCGAUAGGUUCCGUGUCAUCUGGUCCGUUCAUUAUUUCUCUGUUCCACUAAAAUCCAUUUGGGUGCAAGGAUAAAUAGUAUAAAGCAUUUUUAUUUGGGGAGUACAUAUCUUCUGCUGCAUGGCAUGGCCAUAUGUUGGCCAAAUUCCUGUUGAAACUGGUUUUGUUGACUUGGUUGACUUCAGCCAUGUAGUAACUUUGAUCUCCUUCAAUGUUUUCCACUAUACCAUCUUCUCUCCAGAUGGUUAGCCUCUGAUGCAUUGUCGAAGGUACUGCAACAACUCCAUGGAUCCAUUCUCUACCUAGCAAGAGGUUAUAAUUCGCCUUUGCUGGUAUCACCAUGAACAUAGUUGGCCUUGUGACCAAACCCACGGUUAAAUUCACUUGGAUAACUCCCAAAGUCUGCCCUAUUUUGCCUUCGUAGUUGGACAAAACCAUGUUAUGUGGCCUUAUAUCAGUGUCGAACAUACCAAUCUUUUUCAGCAUAUAUUGGGGCAUUGGAUUCACUGCUACCCCUUCAUCCACUAGGAAUUUGUUAAUGCCAACAUUUUCAAUCUUGGCCCUUAUGUAAAGUGGUUUCAAAUGGUUUCUCAUGCCUUGGUCAGGUCUCUCGAAGAAGGCAUUCUGUUCUUCGCCAUCUCUUCUACAUCAGCUUCCUUGCAAUCUUCAGCUUCUGUUUCUUGGUUAAACUCGUGAGGGAGCACUGAUACAACAUUGCAAUUGAAAUUUAUAGAUGACACUCCGUCUGAGUCGAAGUCAUUUGUCAUUCUACCGUCCUCCUUCCAAGGACUGGAGUGCAUAUUUUCCUCUUCUUUCUCAUUUUCAGAACUGAAUAGCUUGCGCUCUAACGGAGGUUUGCUUGAUCGUGCCCCCUACAUUGGGAUUUUGGUGCUGCUAGACUCCCCAACCUCCUUUGCCUUGUAUUCUUUCUGGGCUUUCUUCAUCCUAUGGUGUCUUCUCCAUUGGGAUCUGGACAUAGGAUUUUUACCCUUGUAAUUCUCCAACCUGUACAUCUCUCGAUUUGAGGUCUGGAAUUGCUUUCUAUAAGCCAUUGCAGUUCUUCCCCCUUGGUCCCAACUUUGCCACUUGUUGUUUCUUGCACCAGCUUGCGUCCAUCUAUCCAUGGGUAUAUCUGCCGGAAGCUUGAAUGUCACUCUUCGAGCUUUAGGAUGAGGACUAUCAAACCUUUUUGAUGAUGUUCGAUUGUCGAACACAUACAUGUUGGGACGGAGUUCUUGAGACUCCCUACUAGUGGUGAAUAGCGUUCUUUUGAAUGAUUGUGCCAUAAGGUUAUCAUAGACUGCCCCACAUCUGGGACACAUAACAAUCUUUGUCUUCUCCUUGUGACACCUAACUAGGAAACCUACCAAGCUUUCUUCUGGCCUCAGAUAAACCUUUAGCAAUAGGUUUCCUCCUCUCCAGGGCUGUUCCAUCCUUUCUCAUUGGGCCCUUUCAUAGUUAUCUUGGACCCUUCGAUUCAGCAUCAUUGAGCAUCUUGGAUACAUUAGCAUCCGUCCAGCAUUUUUCUCGUGACACUUCCAGAGAUAAUCUUUCAAACUCUAAACUUUCUGAGGAUUUCCAUAGUUUCCUUUUUCCCUCAGCAAACAUUUCUCUAGCUCCUCUACUUCAGAUAAAGGUUGUCUAACAUUCACCAUGUUGACACCUGUUGGGGAAGCUCCAGAGAUCUUUAUUUGUUGGAGUUUCAUCCUGAGGUCUUCAGUGGCCUCGCUAGUUUUCUCCUUCAAAUCUUCAGUGAUUUCGGUCUCGACAGAUUCUUCAACGUCAGUGUUAAAGGCUGCAUUGUCAUUUAGGCUCUCAGUAGCCUGCUUUCCAGAUGAAAUUACCUCCCAUUCAGCAAUAUCAGUUUUAGACACAUCCACCAUGUUGACAUCAACUGGUUCAGCAUAGUUAGUGUCAACAACUUUCAGGGGGUCUGCAUCAACCUUCAUGUGAUUUUUUGCCUUAUCAGCGAAUUUCAAACGUCCAUCCUUGAUAGCAUUCUGAAUUAGAUCCCUGAAAAGAAAGCAUUAUGAGGUUUUAUGGCCUAAAAAACCAUGAUAUUUACAAAAGCCUCGUUUCUUCUGUUGUUCCAAUGGAGGAACUUUGGAAUUAGGAGGCACUAUCGUUUGGCCAUCUUUUACUAGCAAAUCAAAUAUUUCGUCACAUUUAGUAACGUCAAAAGUGUAGGUUUUCUUUGGAAAUUUAUCGCUUUUAUCAUUCUCGACUGGAUUUUUUCCAUUUGAAGGGGUGAGCAAUUUGCAAGAGUAAGGUGGUGCUUCUUUCAAUUCGGCUAGGUCUAUUUCGACCUCUUCAACGCUGUAUGAAUCUUCGAAGGGUUCACCUUCAGCAUCUUCAGCCUCAAUAUACGCUACCCUCUCCUUUUUGAAAUUUUUAUUCGCCCUGGCUUUUUUGGCUUUUAGUCAUUCGACUUGUCGAACUCUGUCUGCCAAUUGGGCCAUAUCCCUUAGGUAUUGAGUGUCUAUCUUCUUUCUAAUUGAAUAGUCUAGACCGCUGUUGCACGCUCGCGAAAUGUGAAUAGAGUCGCCACCAAUAUAUUUAUCCCAAAGAGGGAAAGGAAUAUCAAAAAACCUGGAAUAAGGAAAGGAUAAGAAAAGGUCUUGCGACCAGAGAUAGGGUACGGGAGUCGGUUACGUAAGAGGAAGGUACUAGCACCCCUCACGUCUGUGGUACUCCACAGGAUCCACUUAUGUUUAUUUUAUUCUAAGGGUGUGUAAAUAUAUAGCUUAAUUACUAAGGGAAUGCAUGCAAGUGAAAGAAAAGAAACACGGGGAAAAUAAGGUUUAUAAAUAAUUGUGCUUGCUUAGGCCCCGCGACCUAAUGCCUACGUAUCCUUUUCAGGAAUCAGAGCGCCGUAGUUCGGCUCUUUAGUUUUUGUUUGUUUUUGUGUUUUUUAGUAGAACAGUUACAUUCUCACUUCGCUGCUCGACCUCUGGAGUCUUAAGCUGGGAAUGGAGCGGAAAUAACGUGUCCGAUUAGGAGAAAGAAUGCCCUGAAGGCAAGAGAAAGAAUGCCUCGGAGGCAAGAGAGAGAAGAGAGAAAAUUGGUUUGUGUCUUUUAGAUGUAAUUCCAUGAUGAACAAAACCCAAUACAAGGCUUCGCAUCACUUCCUUACUUUGUUUAGGUCUGAGCCUUUAUUAAGUGUUUUAAAUGUUUUUGGUUGAGUGUUUUUUAAGGGAAUUUACUUUGCGAUUCGAAUCACAUGAAAAUAUAUAAUGAUCGAGAAGCAGAUUAGGGAAUGAAUCUCACUCACUUCUAUCCCAUUAUGUAAUGUUCGAGAAACAGAUUAGGGAAUGAAUCCCACUCAUUUCUAUCCCAUUAGUUAAUGUUCGAGAAACCGAUUAGGGAAUGAAUCCCACUCAUUUCUCUCCCAUUAAGUAGUGGCCGAGAAACAGAUUAGGGAAUGAAUCCCACUCAUUUCUAUGCCACUAAGUGAUUGAGAAACAGAUUAGGGAAUGAAUCCCACUCAUUUCUCUAUCACUUUCUUAAUGUGAUUCGCAUCUCUAUUUGUUAAUGUUUUAAUGUUGAAAAGAAAAAGAAAACUAGCCUAAAAUGAAUAACUAGCCUAAUGUCAUGAUUAAAAGGGAAUUUCUAGAUCCUAAUGUUAUCAUGGUUUCUACCUAAAGUUAGGAAUUAAAGAGACAUGAAAAUAAAGUCACAUUAGAAGCAAAAUUGAGAAU